AUGAGUCGACUUGCCAGCAAGGAACUUGAAGCCAUAGCCAAGGAUGCCGCUCUCUCCGUCUCUGGCGACAACGGUACGGCGGAGACUCUUCAAAAAUUGGUGCUCGAGCGCGUGUGCUCUUCCGCGCGUGACGAGUGGCAUGCCGACGCGGUGGACGAUUUAGGAAAGCAGCUGAGACUGUCCAUAGUGGUGUUCGGAGCCUCCGGGGAUCUUGCCAAAAAGAAGACCUACCCCGCAUUGUACGAACUGUUCAAAAAAGGAUUCCUCCCUCGUCGUGUUCAAAUCGUUGGAUACGCUCGAUCCAAAAUGAGCAGCCAGGAGCUUCGAGAACGUCUGAGGGCCCAUCUGGAACGGGAUUGCGAGUGCGUGGAGCAGUUCCUGAACUGCUGCUCGUACAUGGCGGGGGAGUACGACACGCCGGAAGGGUACGAGCGCCUGGGCUCGGCGUUACAAUCCUGGGAGCAGACCAUGUGCCUGGGGGUGGGGGCAGCAGCGACUGCUGCGGGUGUUGCUACAGCCUCUGGGGGCGCGCUGGGUGGCGGCAACGGAGGUGGCGGUGGCGGUGGUGGUGGCGGUCCCCUUCUGUCUGGCCCCCGCCUGGGUCGGCUGUUUUACCUGGCCCUACCUCCCAGCGUCUACCCGCAGGUGUGUGAGCACAUCAAGACGCAGUGCUCUACGUUGUACGGCAGAGGAGGUGGCGGCGGCAGCUUCGGUCACACCGUGGGCGAGGGGUCGGGUCGCGGGCGCCUGUUCCCCGCCGCCGAGGGCAGCUUUGUACGGCUCGUGUUGGAGAAGCCUUUUGGUCACGACCUUCAGAGCAGCGAGCUGCUAGCCCAGCAAAUUGGCAGCUACUGGCCCGAGGAGCAGCUCUACCGCAUCGACCACUACCUGGGGAAGGAGCUGGUACAGAACCUGCUAAUGCUCCGCUUCGCUAACCCCAUCUUUGGCGCCUUUUUCAACCGGCACUACAUUUCAAAUAUUCAAAUCACGUUCAAGGAGCCGUUCGGUACGGAAGGCCGCGGAGGUUACUUUGACCAGUACGGCAUAAUCCGGGACGUGAUCCAAAACCACCUCAUUCAGGUUCUCGCCCUGCUGACGAUGGAGGCUCCCGUGUCCCUGCACCCCGACGACAUCCGCGAUGAGAAGGUCAAGGUGUUGCGGUGUGUGGCACCCGUGGGGCCGGGGGACUGCGUGCUGGGGCAGUACGUGGCGGAUAAGGUACGAAUCCAGCUCCGUACACCGCCUGCCUCCAUAUUCGGUUCCCUGGAGCAUAUGCGCAACGAGCUGGUGAUCCGAUUUCAGCAGCCCGGUGAGGCCAUUUACGCCAAGAUGGUGGUGAAGAAGCCGGGACUGGAGAUGGAGUACGAGAUGAGCGAGCUGGAUCUGUCGUACCCUGAACGGUACAAGGGCAUUGUGAUACCGGACGCGUACGAGCGACUCAUCUUGGACUGCAUCAGGGGCGAUCAGCAGCACUUCGUACGGCGCGACGAGUUACGAGCCGCCUGGGCCAUAUUCACCCCGCUGCUGCACGCCGUGGACGCCGGGGCGGUGGCGAUCCACCCCUACCCCUACGGCUCCCGGGGCCCGGCAGCGGUGGACCCCUUCAUCACCGAGUCAGGCUACUGGUGCAUGGCGUCCUGUCUCUUCACUGGGGGAGUGUACAUGUCGUUCACCGUGACUGUCGGCAAGCAGCUGGGUACAAGGCACGAAUUUCGUCCCUUGAUGAGCAGGAGACGCGCGGUGUCGGCCAUGAUAUUGGAGAAUCCCCAGCUGCUGUUUCAGCGUGCAUAA